AUCGACACCCAGAAUACCAGUGAUAUACUCAACUUCUUGCUGCAUAAGCUUCUCGACAGCAGAUUGGCUGAGUGAUUCAUACUCAAUCUCGUACGAUUUCCGUUUACUGCUAGUGUCGACCUUGAAGUCCUCAUUAUAGGCGUCCAUGUCCAUGUCAUCGUCGUCGUCCACUGACCGUAAAUGAGUAUAUGGGGCAUACGGGCACUACUAAGCGCCGCGCUCACCAUCGUCUUGAGUUCCAUCUAACAUAUCUUCAUCAUCGUAGUAUUCGUCAUCAGAGAAGCUAUAGUCGGACAUGAUGGUAGGAGGAUGAGGAAGGGUACGAGGUCGUGGUGGCCGACGAAGUGGGCCCUGGGUGAGUCAAGGUCACGUGCCAUCCUUUCCAGUCGUUGCAAUGUAACGCGACGCCUUUGUCUCCUACUUUGUCACCCACAUGCUUCGCAGUAUACUGAAAAAGAGAUGAAUUUCGUUGGAGCAAUUCAGGAACUGAUCCAAAUUCCCAGCAAUUUACUAGCAACGAACCAAACUGACGGCAACCUGAUCUCGUUUCUGGGGUUUUGCCUCGUGUCUUGGUUUCAUAAAAUAGAAGCUCUUCGCCUUUCAAUUACUUUGCCACAUAGCGUCGUGAUGUUCGGGUGUUCUUCUCCCGUUGCGCGCAAUAUAAGAAUCACCCCUUGGGCUUUUCCGCAAAUCUCAGACUCGAUCUUACUGGCCGUGGCACUCUCCAUCGUUCUGGGCUCCCUCAUUGAGUUCCUCACUAUUAACCUUAAGCCUAUCUCCCGGUGACUUUUCCUUGGUGAAAUCCAAUAUGACACCCCUAGAAAGCUUUGACCAUCAGCAACUAAACGCCUCCAACGUCCCUUCGUCAAACAGGAGCAUUGCCCAAAGGCUGCGGCGAGA